ACGAAACAGAGAGAGAGAGCUGCCUUCGGUCGUCACCCAUGUCUGCUCGCGGAGUCCAACUGCGUAUUCAAGAUCGUUAUGUGGUGAUGGACAACGGAAUACUUCAAGUGACAAUAUCGAAACCGGAUGGCAUUGUUACUGGCAUAGAGUAUAAUGGCAUGGAUAAUUUGCUUGAAGUUCGUAAUGAAGAAGAUAAUAGAGGGUAUUGGGAUCUUGUUUGGAGCCAGGAAGGAGCAACUGGAACGACGGGAAUAUCAUAUGUGAUCAGAGGGACAAGUUUCAAAGUAAUAAUGGAGAGCGAAGGACAAGUAGAAAUCUCAUUCUCUCGAACAUGGGAUCCUUCCGUUGACAAUGGCCAACUUGCACCCCUCAACAUCGACAAGCGGUUUAUAAUGCUUCGAGACUGCUCUGGGUUUUAUUCCUAUGCCAUCUACGAGCACUUGAAGGAUUGGCCUGCUUUCAACCUACCACAAACUCGGAUUGUAUUCAAGCUUAGAAAAAACAAAUUCCAGUAUAUGGUGAUGGCAGAUAAUAGACAAAGACACAUGCCAUUACCGGAAGAUCGUUUGCCAGGAAGAGGUAGACCUUUAGCUUAUCCGGAAGCUGUCUUACUUGUUCAUCCUGUUGAACCAGAGUUCCAAGGAGAGGUGGAUGAUAAGUAUCAAUACUCGUGUGAGAACAAAGAUCUCAAGGUGCAUGGAUGGAUUUGCUUCAAGAAGCCAAUUACUGGGUUCUGGCAAAUCACUCCUAGCAAUGAGUUUCGAUCGGGAGGACUGCUUAAACAAAAUCUUACUUCUCAUGUUGGCCCCAUUACUCUUGCCAUGUUUCUCAGCGCACAUUAUGCGGGAGAAGACAUGGUUCUGAAAUUUAAAGCUGGAGAGGCAUGGAAGAAAGUUUUUGGCCCAGUUUUCAUUUAUCUCAAUUCUUUGCUGGAUAACAGUUAUGAUCCCCUUUCACUAUGGGAAGAUGCCAAACAACAGGCAUCCGUCGAAGCUCAAAUGUGGCCGUACGAUUUUCCAGUAUCUGAAGAUUUUUUAUCGUCGGAUCAACGUGGCAACGUCACUGGUAGAUUAUAUGUAUUUGAUAGGUAUAUAAGCGAUGAAUAUAUAACAUCAGAUGGUGCUUUUGUGGGCUUGGCUCCUCCAGGAGAUGUUGGAUCUUGGCAGACAGAGAGUAAGGGGUAUCAAUUCUGGACGAGUGUAGACUCGGGUGGUUAUUUCAUGAUCAAUGACGUUCGUCCUGGCGAUUAUAAUCUCUAUGCUUGGGUCUCUGGUUUUAUCGGAGACUAUAAAUACGAAACCCUUAUUACAAUAACAUCAGGUUGUGAUACUGAUCUGGGUAAUCUUGUAUACUAUCCUCCGAGAGACGGACCAACACUGUGGGAAAUUGGAAUUCCUGAUCGUUCUGCUGCUGAGUUUUACGUUCCUGAUCCUAAUCCCAUGUUUAUUAAUAAACUUUACAUCAACCACCCAGACAAAUUUAGACAGUACGGACUCUGGGAGAGAUAUACCGAAUUAUAUCCAAAUGAAGAUUUAGUUUACACCAUUGGCGAUGGCGAUUACACAAAAGACUGGUUCUUUGCCCACCUUCCAAGAAAAAAAGAUGGUGGAGAAAAUGAAGCAACUACGUGGCAAAUCAAGUUUAAACUUAACAGUGCGGAGCAAACUGGAGUUUAUAAAUUGCGAUUGGCAUUAGCCACUGCAAAUAAUGCAAAUUUGGAGGUGAGAGUCCGCGAUAAAAAUUCAAAUCCUCCUCUAUUUUCUACCGAUAUAGUCGGACACGAUAACACGAUUGCAAGACAUGGAAUUCAUGGAUUAUACAGGCUUUACAAUGUUGAUAUUCCAUGUGAAAUGUUUAUUGAAGGUGAUAACACAAUCUUCUUGACCCAAACUAUGUGUUCUGAUCUUUUUCAAGGGGUCAUGUAUGACUACAUUCGCUUGGAAGGGCCUCCCAUUUCAUCCUCUUGA